CACACCGAGGUACAAUUGCUAGUGACCCUAAUAAACGCGGCAAUCACCGAGAAAGCCAAGUUAAAAACCAAAAUUCCAACAGGCGUCACGUCAGGGGUAGCGGCUUCGCGAGGCAUUUCAAAUUCAAAACUCAAGCCCGAGUUUCCCUCUGAACUAGAGGGAAAAAAGAAUUCUUUUGUUGCGAAAAUGCCAUCAGAGGGAGAGGAGGCUCUGCUGGUAUUGCUCAGGUGUUUAAAAGACCCAGACGAAAAUGCCAACAAGAAUCGAUUGGAAAGCUGCACGAAGCUUUUUCAGGAUGAUAAGUACAAGAGUGACAUCGGCUUCUUAAAACUUUGGAUCCUCUAUGCAGAUAGCUGUGAGGAACCCGAAGAAAUAUUUUCAAGGAUGGAGGCAAAGGGCAUUGGUAUAUAUCACUCUUUGUUCUAUGAAGCAUACGCAACCUAUCUAGAAAUCCAAAGGAAAUUAUGUGAAGCAGAUGCAAUAUACAAAGUGGGCCUCUCUAGGAAAGCACAACCUCUUGCAAAGUUGAAGUCUAUGUAUAUCAAUUUCCUCAAUCGAAUGGUUCAAAUAGCACAUCCCUCUUCUAAAAAGGUAAUAUCCAAAGAUUGUGUUGCAUAUAAAGUAAGUGAUGUACAAGCAAAUGAUACAAAAAUUUCACCACUCGUGCCACAUACUUCUCAUCAUCCAUAUAAGAAAAAUGGUACUGGACAUCAUAAUGAUGUGCAAGAGGAGAAUGCAUAUCAGUUACCUGUGCAGGAUGUUGAAAUUACUGAUGCAGUCCAUAGCAGUGGAGGGAUUGAAGGAAAUAAGCCGAGUUUUUGCGAUCCUUCUCAAUUGUUGUCACAAGUGGGUGUUGCUCAAAAUUAUAAACCUUCUAUUAUAAUGGGUGGUGGAAAGCCAUCUAGGAGACAAGGCGUGAACCCAUGGGCUAGUAUAUUGAUCACUAAUCUUUUGACAAAACUUCAUAAUAAAAUUUCAAGGUUCAAGGGAUACAAUGUAUGCAAUAAAAAGUAUAGUGGAAAAACUUGCUUAGUUUCUCUAAGAAAUGCAGCACGGAACAAGCUGCUAGAUCUAGGUGGCAUUAAGUACCAUAUAAAAGGAUGCUCAGGAGAAGGAGCUUUUGCUCAGGUGUUUAAGGCCCUUGUUGAUGGACGCUCCGACGAUGUUGUUGCUUUAAAGAUACAGCGACCUGCUUGUCCUUGGGAGUUUUACAUGUACCGGCAGCUUGAUGACCGCAUUUCUUCAGACGAACGGUCUAGUUUUGGAUCUGCAUGGAAAGUACAUGUAUAUGCUGACUGUAGCAUUCUGGUCUGUGACUAUGUUGAGCAUGGGACCCUGCAGGAUGUUAUCAAUUCAUAUCUGGUAACUGGUCAGUGCAUGGAUGAAGUAUUGUGCAUGUAUUACACGAUUGAAAUGCUACGUAUGUUGGAAGCACUGCAUUCUGCUGGCAUUAUACAUGGGGAUUUAAAACCAGACAACUUACUCAUUCGCUACGCUAGUGAUGAAAUCUGUGAAGAAUGGAAUCCAAGUCGGAUGGGAGGGUGGAAAGAUCAGGGGCUCUGUUUGAUUGACUGGGGAAGAGGUAUAGAUAUGAAUCUCUUUCCAGGGGGAACAGAGUUUGAGGCGGAUAGUAAGACGGAGUCAUUCCGGUGCAUUGAAAUGCAAGAAAAGAGGCCUUGGACCUUCCAAGUAGACACUUACGGAGUUUGUGCCAUUGCACAUAUGAUGUUGCAUGGAAGCUACAUGGAGUUAGUGAAGAAAACUGGCCUUGAUGGAGAAGUUUAUCAUCCCAAGGCCACUCUUAAACGGUAUUGGAAUUCUGCGUUGUGGACAAAUCUGUUUACUACAUUGCUAAAUGUCAGAAGUGCAGAAAAUCCAGAUUUGAGCAUUUUGAGGAAAGGUUUUGAAGAUCAUUUGUCAAGUAACUUACAUUCGAGGAAAAAGCUCACCCAGUUGCUGGUGAAACAGAGAAAUGUCAUGUGCUAAGGAAAUUGAGAUAAUGUGUUGUAAAAUUUACGUAUAAUGAGAUAUGCUAGAUGUUUUAGGUGGAUGUUACUUAUUGGUCCACAUUUAUGGAAGUUAUUUUUGUAUUGAUUCACGCAGUUGUUUCCUAUUGACUUAUGUAAUUGUAUAUCUAGAGAUGGUGGGUAGGGCUCAUUAUUGCAUCUUUAGAUCUCCCGAAGAUGUAUUGAACACAAUUUAUUUGCUACUGAUGCUCUUGAUUGAUAUUUGCAAUGGGCUCUAUUGCAAGCCUUUUUGGGUGCAAAGCUCGUCAUUGGCACACUUUGUUGGGUUAAGUUGUGGUUGAUAUCUACAUUUUUGAAGAUGAGAAAGACAAAUUCAUUGUCGAUUCAUUUUGAUAUGUUUGUGAGAUUGUAGCAUAUGUCAAUGAAUAAUAUUUUGACAUAUUUGAAUACUAGAUAAGUGCAUAUAUUUGAUUCAUUGAUAUACAAAUAAUCAUUAUUUAA